AUGGGAGUGUGCAAGGUGUCCGGUACUUCAACUGCCCGCCAAGCACUGCCUCUUCGCGCGGGCACAGAAUCUCCUGCGGAUUCAUGCCCCACACCCUGCAGAGCCUGCGGCCUCGGUGCCCGACACACCCGAAGCCCUGAGAAAGGUGCCACGCCGCGACCGCGAGCGUCCUACGCCUUGUCCGUGCGGAGAGGACGCAGGACAGUGCUUGGCCCUGGUCUGCUCACGCCUCCAUCCGCAGGCCGAUGUCCUCCGAAAGGAGCUAGCUGCGGCGGUGGAGACCACGACUUUGUUAGGCUGCGGCACGUCCUGCCGCAGGCCUCCAGGCGUGUAGACUUCCGCGAGGUGGAGAGCGGCUGGAAGCUCUGGGACUUCGAGUUCUGCCGCCUGCGGGAUGCAGAGGCUCUACAUGACAAGUUCUUCAAGCAGAUGAAAGACAUCGAGGAGGUGCGAUGCCUCCACAUGGAGGAAAUCCAGAAGGAGAUGCGGAGGGGCCUCACCGAACUGCGCAGCGAGGUUGAAGGUCUGCGCGGGUUCCAGUCCCUUCGCGACACGCUGGCCGCGUCGCUGCAGCCAAUUCUCGAUGAGCUUUCCGAGCUCCGGGAGGCGGUUGUCACCCAGGUUCAACCGAGCAAGGUGGCUGCAUGCAACGUCGACAAGGUUCAUCGGGAGGAGCACGAAAGGCAGCAGGAGGAAGCGGCCACCAAGAUCCAGGCGGUCCACCGCGGCAACAUGGCGCGGAAGGAUGUGCAGGACCAGCAUGGCCAAGCGAUCCCCAAGAUCGAAGUCAAAGAGGCGCCAAAACAGCAGCAGGAGGAAGCGGCCACCAAGAUCCAGGCAGUGCACCGCGGAAACGUGGCGCGGAAGGAGGGGCACCACAGGCAGGAGAAAGCGGCCCAAAAGAUUCAGGCGGACCAGGACCCACAGAAGCAUGAGGAGGACGCGGCCACCAAGAUCCAGGCAGUUCACCGCGGGAACCUCGCGCGGAAGGAGCACGACGCGCAGCAGAAAGAAGCAAAGCAGGUCCAGGCCAAUACCGGGCUCACCAUGCUGUGCUGUCACGUCCCCCUUCACGUGGCCUGGGUUCUUUUUUCCGUUUGUCUCGAGGAGGAACAAGACCGGCAGCAGGAGCAAGCGGCCACCAAGAUCCAGGCGGUCCAUCGUGGGAACGUCGCCCGCAAGGAGCACGACGCGCAGCAGAAAGAAGCAAAGCAGGUCCAGGCCAAUACCGGGCUCACCAUGCUGUGCUGUCACGUCCCCCUUCACGUGGCCUGGGUUCUUUUUUCCGUUUGUCUCGAGGAGGAACAAGACCGGCAGCAGGAGCAAGCGGCCACCAAGAUCCAGGCGGUCCAUCGUGGGAACGUCGCCCGCAAGGAGACGCAGGGCAAGCAGGAGAAGGCGGCCUGCAAGAUCCAGGACAGGCAGCAGGAAGAAGCGGCGACCAAGAUCCAGGCGGUCCAUCGCGGAAACCUUGCCCGGAAGGAGAAGCACCAGAGCCAGGAAGAGAAAGCUACCUCCAAGGAUCAGGAGGACAGAAGGCAGCAGGAGGAAGCGGCCACAAAGAUCCAGGCACAUCUCAGCGGGAAAGUUGCAGUAUUGGAAGCUUCGGCGGAGACGACCGUCAGAGAGUUCAAGGAGCGGUUGUUAGGUUGGAACUGCGACAAUGAGCUGACGAGAAUGAUCACCUCAGUGGAGAUGAUGGCUGGCAGCAGACAGCUAAGUAAUGAGGAUGAGACUUUGAAAGAUGCAGGGGUGUCUUCAGAAGCUGGCUUGCACGUUGUGUUUCGCCAAAACAUAGUCGAAUGCGCCGGCAAAGGCGAGGCACAUGAUUUUGACCUCGAAUCCGGGAAGACGCUGGUAUGGGUCAACAUCCCGGAAGGUCAUAAGAAAACAAGACAUGGUGCCUUCGAGAACUGUGCAUCUGUGGCAGGUGUCACCAUACCAGAUUCCGUUACUCAGAUUACCCAUCGUGUUUUCGCAUCAUGCGGUUCUUUGAGGAGCGUGACGAUCCCGAGCUCUGUCACUCGGAUUGGUGUGGCGGCUUUUGAAAGAUGCUUCUCUUUGACGAGCGUGGGAAUCCCGAACUCUGUGACUCAGAUUGACCGCCGUGCUUUCGCAGCAUGCACUGCCUUGACGAGCGUGCGGAUCCCGAACUCUCUGACUCAGAUUGGCCCGCAAGCUUUCGAAGCUUGCGGAUCUUUGACGAGCGUAGUGAUCCCGAACUCCGUCAUGCAGAUUGGCCAGGAUGCUUUCCGAGAUUGCAGGUCUUUGACAAGCGUGGCGAUCCCGGACUCUGUCACUAAGAUUGGUGCGUCUGCUUUUGCAGAAUGUAGCUCUUUGACGUCUGUGACGAUCCCGAGCUCUGUAACUCAGAUGGGUGAUUAUGCUUUCUUCGGUUGCAGCUCUUUGACGAGCGUGGCGAUCCCCAACUCUGUCACGCAGAUUGGCCAGGGCACUUUUCAUCAUUGCAGCUCUUUGACGAGCGUGGAGAUCCCGAAAUCUGUGACUGAGAUUGGCCGCCAUGCUUUUGUGGGAUGCAGCUCUCUGACGAGCGUGGUAAUCCCGGACUCUGUCACGCAGAUUUGCCAGGGUGCUUUCACAAAUUGCAGGUCUUUGACGAGCGUGACGAUCCCGGACUCUGUAACUCACAUUGCUGAUUGUGCUUUCACAGGAUGCAGCUUUUCGCGCGCAUGA